AUGUUUUCAGGUCAUGACACUACCUCAUCCGCCAUCAGCUGGUGUCUGUACGCUCUGGCCAAGUACCCUGCCGAGCAGGAGAAGGUCCUCCAAGACGUCCAACAGGCAGUCGGGGACAAGAAUGAAGUGGAGUGGGACGAUCUGGCCAAGCUGAAGUAUUUACCCAUUUUUAUCCGUGAGUGCAUGAGGAUAUUUCCCCCCGUGCCAGUGGUCAGUAGACAACUCAGCCAGCCACUGGUCAUCGAUGGUGUCGAGGUUCCCAAAGGAGUCAUAGUUGACAUCAACAUUUACCAGAUGCACAGGAACUCAAAUGUCUGGCCAAAUCCCCUGGAGUUUGACACCGAGAGAUUCAGUCUUGAUUCUGCUGCAGGCAGGGACCCCUACUGUUUUGUGCCAUUC